AUGCCACUACAACUUCAUCAUAUCAUAUUAAAAUGGUUAUUCAUAAUAUUUGUUUUACUAUCGUUAUAUUUUCAAUCAAUCUCGUCAUAUCCAAAUCCAGUCCUUUAUGUUGAUCCUCGUUUCGGCCAUACUGCAACUCUUAUAAGAGAUACUAUAUAUUUUGUAGGUGGCAGAACAAAUGAUAAUGUUUUUACUAUUGAUUUUAUUAGUCUUAACAUAUCCCUCGAGUUCCCAAUAAAUUUACCUCCAUGGAUGGAACUUGAUUCUACAGGAGUGCCAAGAACUGUUUUCCAUUCUGCUGUAGCCGGUGGAAUAAAUAAUUCGAAAAUUGUGGUUUAUGGUGGCACCGUAACUGAUCCUGCUUCUGCUGCUAUGACAAGUUUAAUAGUUUAUGAUCCGUCAACUAGUUUAUGGAAUUCGAUAACAAUUCCUUCAACUCCACCAAGACGACAUGAUCAUUCGGCUGCUAUAUUACCAGACAAUAAUAUGUUGAUUUUUGGUGGUGAAAUUAAUCCCACAAUUGACAUUUUAACUAGUUUUGACGUUGGCGAGCUAUGGGGAUUUAACACUAUUUCCUUGUCCGAAUGGCAAGGUUUUCCAUAUUUGGCUAAUUCUCCUGGAAUAAGAGUGCGCCAUACUGCUAGUGUUAUAGGGAACAAGAUGAUUAUUUUGGGUGGUUUCGAUGAAAAAUCACUUUUUGUCACUAUGAAUAAUAUAUAUGUUUUUGACUCUGAAAAUGUUAAUUGGUCUUUAAUUAAUGCCACUGGUCAAGUUCCUUCACCAAGAAGUAGGCACUCAGCUGUUGGUAAUGGUACUAUUUUUGGAGACGUUGCAGUUCUUGACACAAAGUAUUGGAAUUGGGUUGCACCUACUACUAUUAACCCACCUGCAGGUCGAUUUCAACAUACAGCAACAAUCGUCGGUGCAAAUAUGAUUAUUGCAUUUGGAAGAACUGGAGCUACACAAGGUCUUGAUAAUCGUAUAUAUUGUUUAAAUUUAUUAAACUGGACAUGGGUAGAUAGAUAUGUUCCACAACCUUUUCCUAAUAAACCUCUAGUAAAACCACCACCUUCAACUCAAACUCCAUAUCCAACACCAAAAUCUUCAGACUCACCUAUUGUUCAAGUAAUAAGCAUAUCCAAGGAAUUAGCUAUAGGAUUAUUGGUUUUAUUAAUAUUAAUUUGUUUUAAUGAUGGUGAUGGUUCAAAUCAAUCAGAUAGUGAUGAACAAUCAGCUCAACCACAAAAUUCAAUAUUUGCUAAUAGAUUACUUGGAAAUACUAGUGAUAAUGAUAUUAGACCUUCUGAUCCUGAAAAUGGAAGAAGACGUAGUGUAAAAUUUAGUGAAAAUAAUGUAACUAUACCUGUUGUAUACACAAAAGGACAUCAUCCUCAAGGAAGUGUAGAAGUUGAACUUGGUAAUACUGAUGAUAUAAAUGGAAGCGAGUCUAGUUUGGACGUUCAAAUGCAACCUCAUGAUGGUGCAUCGGUGGUAUCAAGAAAUGAAUUAAGAGUUGUUAAUCCGGACCCUAAUAAUCCGGAUAUUACUGAUCAAGAAGACAAUUAA